ACAGUAGUUAGCAACCAAACAACAGUUUCUUGUAUGAUUUGGCUAAAAAUAUACACUCGAAUCGUGUCCACAAGGACAACUUUUCCAAACCAAAUCUGCACAAAAAAAAAAAAAAAAAGGCUACGGCAACAACAAUGAUGAGUACAGAUGAAUACGAUCGAUUCGAGGAAGCCAAAAAAUUUGAUGAUUCUAAAAUCGGCGUUAAAGGCCUUGUUGAUGCAGGCCUCACUUCCAUUCCUCGAAUCUUUAUCCACCCAGCCGAUACUCUAUCCGAUAUCAAACCUGUAAAUAGACAACCAGAAGCAGGUACCACCAUUCCGACCAUUGACAUAUCGGGCGUAGACUCUGAUCGGAGGUCGGUGAUUGUUGAGGAGAUAUCAUUUGCAUGUAGAGAGCUAGGGUUUUUUCAGAUAGUGAAUCAUGGUGUGCAUGUGGAAGUUAUGGAUGAGGUUAUCAGUGGAGUAAAGGGUUUCCAUGAGCUGCCUACUGAGGUUAAGCAACGGUGGUAUCAACGGGAGACGGUGACUGGUGUUAAUUUUUUUUCUAAUGUCGAUUUGUUCAAGGCUAGAGCUGCUAGUUGGAGGGAUACGCUUCAGAUCAGGCUGGGUCCAAACUUACCAGAGGUUGAAGAAAUUCCGGAGAUAUGUAGGAAUGAGGUCAUAGAAUGGAGUCAACUGGCUGUGCAGGUGGCAGAGCUUUUAAUGGAGUUAUUGUGCGAGGGGCUGGGAUUGAAAUCAGAAACUUUAAAGGAGAUGACAUGUUUGGAAGCCAGAGUAAUGGUGGGCCACUACUAUCCACACUGUCCGCAGCCUGAUCUGACGGUUGGGAUUACAUCACAUACGGAUCCUGGGGUUUUGACUCUGUUGCUUCAGGACUCUGUUGGAGGUUUGCAGGUUAAGCAUGGUGAUGAAUGGGUGGAUGUUAAACCUGUUCCUGGAGCUCUUGUUAUCAACAUUGGAGAUAUACUUCAGAUCAUGUCCAAUGAUGAAUACAGAAGCGUGGAACACAGAGUGUUGGCUAAUCCUUCCCGUGACCCGCGAGUUUCCAUUGCUAUUUUCUUCAACCCUGGUAAGAGAGACUGCGCUUAUGGUCCCUUUCCGGAUCUAAUAUCAGCAGAAAAGCCAGCUGUUUACAAACAAUUCAUGCUCAUGGAUUUCUUGAAAAGGUUCUUCUCAAAGGAAUUGGAUGGAAAAACUUUGACAAAUUACUAUAAGCUGUGACUGUAAUUAAUACCUGCGUGAUAUUGUUUCCUGAAAAGAGACAGGAUUCACAAAGUACAGUAGUACAGUGUUAUAAUAUAUUGAAUGAAUAAGUUUACUAUUGACCAGUUUA